CAAGUAAACAGCUGACGUAUGAGUGUGAAAAAAAAAGAACGAGAAAAACAAAUAGGCACUGCGAUAAAUACGUGUAAUUUUUGUAAAGAGCGUGAACAAAUUAUAUUGUAGUGCCAUCAGCGAGAUAUGGAAACGCCAACCGCCGAUGAUUUGCUACAGUUUCGCGACUAUAGCGCAACUAAUAGCGGCACACCAGCACAAAUCAAUGUUAACUCGCCAACGCAUGCGACUGGCGGCGGCGGCAGCGGCGGCGGCAGCGGCGGCGGCGGCGGCGGCAACUUUAACGCACAGCGUCAACGUGGUGAUCCGCUCUCCGAUCUUAUCUACGAUAUGAGCAACUCGGCCCAAACAAUGGUCGGCGGUGGCGCUGGUCCAGCCGGAGCAUCGGGCGCCUCAGCGGAUGGAGCCGCAGGCGGUGCACGUCUCUCGUUUCUGACCAUGGAGUACUAUCAGCAGUUCUUCAACGUGGACACGUAUAUGGUGCUCGAGCGCAUUGUGAACUCAAUGGUACCGAAACGGGCCGCUGCCAACUAUUUGCGCAUGAACAUCGGCGAGAAUCCGGAUCUGUAUGGUCCAUUUUGGAUAACCAUAACGCUGAUCUUCUCGAUAGCGAUUAGCGGCAAUAUUGCCAGCUAUUUGCAGCAGGCGAACGAUAGCUACCAUUGGCACUACAAUUUCCACCUGGUCUCGUAUGCGGCCACCUGCAUCUUUCUGUAUGCCAACAUAUUGCCGGCCGUGCUCUGGGCGUUGUUCAAGUAUAGCCUCAAGCCUGUGGAUGAAGCGGAUGCCGUCGAAACGGACAGCCAGGCCAGCUAUACGCCCAGCCUGUUGUCGCUCAUGUGCAUCUAUGGUUAUAGCCUGGCCAUUUAUAUACCCGUCUCCGUACUCUGGGUGAUCAAUAUUUCAUUGCUACAGUGGCUGCUCGUUAUAACGGCCGCUCUGCUUUCCGGCACGGUGCUAAUCGCGGUGCUGACGCCCGCGCUGCGCAAUUCGAAGUUUUCGCUAUUCCUCAUCAUUGGCAUACUUGGCGCCCAUAUUAUACUGGCCGCCGGUUUUCUGCUCUACUUCUUUCACAGUCCACCGGAAGCGGCGUUGGCCGCAAAGCCAACGCCCGCACCGCUGCUGAAGGCCGCCUUACCCAAAUUAUCCACACAAGCGGUGGCCGGCGAUCUGCCGCCGGGCAAUAUCACCGGAUAGAGAUCAUUCCAAGCUAAGCAAAUUUCGAUAUUUCUGUUGUACAUUUAGUUCCAAAUAAUUAUUCUUAUUUUAUUUUCCCUCUUUAAACAACAAUUUUGUUGGUCGCUUAACCAGAUGUCAACUGCUGCCGGCUGUUAAUUCAAAUAAAUUCUUAAGAGCUAAGUCUAGAAAUGGGUUCGCCUUUUUCUGGCUCUCCGAAGACUCGGACAAAGGCGUGCCAAAUA